GAUGUUGGCAGCUGUCGAUGUUUCUAAUCUUUGAAAUUCAUUAAUUUCGGCAGCACGUGCUGAACAUGGCAGAUGAUUUCUAUGCGUUACUAGUCUUGUCCUGCCUGAUCGUGUCUACCAUGGCGGUAACCGACAAGGAGAUUGACGAAUUUCUUGAUAUCUGCAUCGAUUCUAAAUACCACAAAGAAAAACCAGGACCGGAAAGUGAUUUUUUUAAUACGACGUUUCAUUGCACCCCGUGGAAGAACCACGCUUGUUGCACGUCGAAUACAACCGACAGCAUUCGAAAAGACGGAACUCUCUCGCUGUAUAACAUGCACUGGGAUCAGUGCGGUAGAAAAAUGUCGCCUCAGUGCCGUAGAUAUUUCGAGGUCGACACUUGUAUGUACGAAUGCUCGCCAAACAUGAAACCAUGGAUCGUUGUGGACCCCAAUUCUAAGAAGACCCGCAAAGAACGCUUUCAAGAGGUGCCGAUAUGCAGCGAGGACUGCGAUGCAUGGUUUGAUGCCUGCAAAGACGACCUCACCUGCUCAGACAACUGGGGAGACUUCAAAACAUGGAACUGGACAAGCGGCAUGUGUAAGUUUGAGUGCAAAACGUUUAAGGAAUAUUUUGAUAAUGCCAAGAAAUUCUGCGAGAAACUUUUUGACUACUCAUGGAAGUACACUAAAGGGGAAUUAGGCAUAGAUUGCAUGACACUGUGGCCGAAUGGUACAACAAAUUUCAACGAGAGGGUCGCUCGUAAACACGCUGAAGACAUGCUUUCCACGAAAUCAUCGGGAUCAAAGGUUGCCGUUCAAUCUUUGACAGUGAUUUUACUGGCUGGGCUGUGUUAUUAUCUUUAAUUGUGCUGAAUGCGUGACGUUAUUACAAACUGUGUUUCUCUCACCAUACUAUGCGUGCUCGCUAAUUUUGACAUUCAUCUAUUUUUCUUCCAGUAAAUUAACUAAUCUAAGUUUUGUUGACAGCAGUGUUAUAUAAGGUUUCGUUGUGUUCUCUGUUAUACAGAGUUAGCAUAAACUCAAAAGGUAUACAAAGGUUAAUUACAUCUGCGAUUUGGUAAACAACUUUUGUUUGGAAUUCGAAAUUCUUUCAGCUAAAUUGUGCAUUUAAUUCAAGGUAGUAAGCAUUCAGACUGCUGAUUAAUAAAGUAUACUAAAUGAUUUUUAGUGCAAUUUGUUGUGAAAAAGCAUGAGUAAUUAUUUCCUAAAUCACAUGUUCUAUAAUGCAUUCAGGAAAUAUUAGUCAAUUGUGCAUUGUGGAUAGUAUAAUCGUUCUGGUGAUUGUGGAGAUGUGCACAUUCUGAUUGGUUGAAGAUUGCAUUACGUUUUGCUAUAAUCACCUGACACGAGGUGAUUAUAGCAAUGGCGCCAAAUUUCAAAGUAGCAGCCCCUCUUUUUGUCACUGUUACCAAGAAAGUCAUAAAAUUGAUUGAAGAAGAUUCAAUACCCAAGAGCGCAAAAGAUUCUACUAAGUUUGGUGUGACACUUAAAAGAAAGAUAUGAAGUUUUUGCUGAUGGAAUUAAAUCAACCUGUUAAGUUUUAAUGGAGACUGGCUGCUUAUCUCGAUACAAGUAUAACCAAAACAAUUGGAACAGAAUGGUUUCAUCAUGAAAAUGAAGUUGUCACAGAAUUCAAAAGCACCUGAGUAAUUAUACUAUAACAAUUAUUUGUCUUAGGGUUAGUGAAUAUUGUUGAAUAAUCCCCUAGACUUCAUGUGAGAGAUCACCUGUAUUCAAAUAUAUUCACUUUGCCUUUGGCAAAUAAUGAUUAA